CACGAAUUUCGCGCUGCACGCGACCCUCCGACCACACCACACUCUUUUUCGCCUCCCACCCGCCAAUUCGCACGUCGCGACGCCUGCGGUCGCCCUGCUCCCCGGCUUGUCUCCGACGGCCGCCAACCGCUCGCAUUGCUGCUUGCCAUCCCACCACCGCCCGAUAAUGAUCUGAAGCCCUCGACACCCUGCAGCCACGUCCACUCUCACCCAUCCUCGGCGGUCUUCUUCAGCCGAGGGCCCUUCAGGCGCGUCGCCGCGGCUUAACACUUUGUAGACCGGCCGUACAGCGACACACAACACUGCAAACAUGGCUUCCGUCCAACCUGUCAACGGCAUGCAAGGCCAGGGCGGCGUUAUGCCCCUGCCAGUCGGCCUCACGAAAGAACACAUUCAGGCGACAUUCCAAAAAUACCAACAGAUGAAAAUGCAAAACGUCAGCGAAUCCGACCCCGAAUUCAUUAAGGCGCGCAACCUCCUCCAAGCCGUGCAGCAACAAACAAAUCUCCAGAAGCAGAGGCAGCGCUACCUGCUCGAACAGCAAAAGCAGCAAGCUGCUGCUCAACAACAGAACGGAAAUGGUCAAGGCUUUUCCGCCAACGGCAUCGCGGCCGCAUCUGGAGCUCAAGCAGACGGCCAAACACCUGCGACUGCCGCCCCAUCCGCAACUCAAUCUGUCCCCAGCAGCGGCACCAAUGGCAUUUCCCAACAAUCCGGAGCUACUGAAAAGCCCACCCCGGCUCCUGGUAACGCGGCGAACAACGGAUUUACGCAGCAGCAGAUGUGGAUGUUGCGCAAUCAAAUUGCUGCCUUUAAGCGCCUCUCUAGGAACAUGCCACUUCCCCUGGACAUGCAGCAGCAGUUGUUCCCUUCCAUGCAAGCCAAGAAAUCCCCGACCCCGGCCGAGGCUGUAGCCGCUGCUGGCCAGGCUCUCGAAGAUGCCUCGCAAGCUGCUACGACUGAUGCGAACAAGGAGGAAUCUAAUGCCCACAAGGGUUUCAAGACAACUACCGAUCCGUACUCGAUGUUUCCCAAGACGAUCAGUUAUGCCGACCAUGGUCUCCGCGACAGGCGUGUCAUUUUGCCAAGCAUCAUGCCGACUGGUGUCGAUGUCGAUAGACUUCGAGAAGAGCGGGACAUUAUGAUGUACAACCGCAUCCAAUCUAGGAAGGCGGAACUUGAGUCUUUGCCUGCAAACAUUGGUAUUUGGGACACGAGCAAAUCGGACGUUCCAACCGAUGAGCACUCGAAAAACCUGAAACUCAAAGCCCUUAUCGAAUACAAGAAGCUCUGUUUGUUGCCCAAACAGCGCGCUUUGAGGCAGGAGAUUGGAAAACAAAUCCUCUACGCUGACAACCUCGCAAUGACCGCCAACCGUGCGAUGUACCGUCGUGUCAAGAAGCAGUCUCUCCGCGAAGCUCGCAUUACGGAGAAGUUGGAGAAGCAGCAACGCGAUGCCCGCGAGAGCAAAGAGAAGAAGAAGCAGAACGACCAGCUCAAGGCGGUCAUCACUCGCGGCGAAGAGAUUCAAAAGGCUGCGCUCAACCAGAAGCAACGACUGCAGCGCCUUGGUCGUGCCAUGAUGCAAACCCACCAGAACAUCGAGAAGGAAGAGCAGAAGCGUGUCGAGCGCACUGCGAAGCAGCGUCUGCAGGCUUUGAAGGCCAACGACGAAGAGACUUACCUGAAGCUGCUCGGUCAAGCCAAGGAUACCCGUAUCUCCCAUUUGCUCAAGCAGACCGACGGUUUCCUCAACCAGUUGGCCGCUUCUGUCAAGGCCCAGCAACGCAGCGCUGGCGAAAAGUACGGUGCCACCGACCUCCCGAGCGACGAGGAGGAAGAGGAAGAAGACAUGGAAGAGGAUGACCCCCGCAGGAGAAGCAACAAGGUUGAUUACUACGAGGUUGCCCAUCGCAUCAAGGAAGACGUUUACGAACAGUCUAGCAACCUUGUCGGUGGUACCCUCAAGGAAUAUCAACUCAAGGGUCUGCAGUGGAUGCUUUCGCUUUACAACAACAACCUCAACGGUAUCUUGGCUGAUGAAAUGGGUCUCGGCAAGACGAUUCAAACCAUCAGUCUUAUCACGUAUCUCAUCGAGAGGAAACAACAACCCGGUCCUUACCUGGUUAUUGUGCCUCUCAGUACGUUGACGAAUUGGAAUAACGAGUUCGAGAAGUGGGCCCCCAGUGUCACCCGCAUUGUCUACAAGGGCCCGCCGCAGCAGCGUAAACAGCAGCAACAGCAGAUCCGUUGGGGCAAUUUCCAGGUCCUCCUUACCACCUAUGAAUUUAUCAUCAAAGACCGUCCGAUUUUGAGCAAAAUCAAAUGGCUCCACAUGAUUGUCGAUGAGGGUCAUCGUAUGAAGAAUUCCAACUCCAAGCUCAGUAGCACGAUCACGCAGUACUACACCACGCGCUAUCGUCUUAUUCUUACUGGUACACCUCUGCAGAACAAUCUUCCUGAGCUCUGGGCUCUGCUCAACUUUGUUCUUCCCACCAUUUUCAAGUCCGUCAAGUCUUUCGACGAGUGGUUCAACACGCCAUUUGCAAACACUGGUGGUCAAGAUAAGAUGGAACUUACUGAAGAAGAGCAGCUGCUUGUCAUUCGUCGUCUUCACAAGGUUCUCCGUCCAUUCCUAUUGCGCCGUCUUAAGAAGGAUGUUGAGAAGGAUCUGCCUGACAAGCAAGAGCGAGUCAUUAAGUGUACCUUCUCUGCCCUCCAGGCCAAGCUGUACAAGCAGUUGGUCACCAACAACAGACUUGUGGUCAGCGAUGGCAAGGGCGGCAAGACUGGCAUGCGUGGUUUGAGCAACAUGCUUAUGCAGCUGCGAAAGCUUUGCAACCAUCCGUUUGUUUUCGAGGAGGUUGAGGAGCAGUUGAACCCUGGAAAGGGCACCAACGACCUGCUCUGGCGUACUGCAGGCAAAUUCGAGCUGCUUGACAGGAUAUUGCCAAAAUUCAAGGCCACUGGACACAGAGUUUUGAUGUUCUUCCAGAUGACACAAAUCAUGAACAUCAUGGAGGACUUCUUGCGCUUGAGAGGACUUCAGUAUCUGCGCCUCGAUGGUUCGACCAAGGCGGAUGAUCGGUCAGACCUUCUCAGGCUCUUCAACGCUCCCGAUUCACCUUACUUCUGCUUCUUACUUUCCACUCGCGCUGGUGGUCUCGGUUUGAACCUUCAAACAGCCGAUACUGUCAUCAUCUACGAUUCCGACUGGAACCCUCACCAGGAUCUUCAAGCACAGGAUCGUGCUCACCGUAUCGGUCAAAAGAACGAAGUCCGCAUCUUGCGUCUUAUCAGCUCCAACUCCGUUGAAGAAAAGAUUCUCGAACGUGCGAACUUCAAGCUUGACAUGGAUGGCAAGGUCAUCCAGGCCGGUAAAUUCGAUAACAAGUCUACGAACGAGGAACGUGAUGCAAUGCUUAGGAUCAUGCUUGAGUCUGCCGAGGCUGCCGAAAACCUUGAACAGGCCGAGAUGGACGACGAUGACCUCAACAUGAUCAUGAUGCGGUCUCCCGACGAAUUAGAUGUGUUCCAGAAAAUCGAUGAGGAUCGUGCCUUGAACGACGCUUAUGGUCCCAACAAGAAAUAUCCUCGUCUCUUCAGCGAAGGCGAGUUGCCGGACAUCUACGUCAACGAUGAGACAGCCGUCGUGGAAGAGAUCGAGGAGAACUAUGGCCGUGGUGCCAGAGAGCGAACGAAGGUCAAAUAUGACGAUGGGCUCACCGAAGAACAGUGGUUGGAGGCUGUCGACAACGACGAGGACUCAAUCGAGGCCGCUAUCGCUCGCAAGGAUGCCAAAACGGCUCGUCGCGCGGCCAGAAAAGAGGGCAAGUUGCGAACUGAGUAUGGUCUGGGUGACUCUCCUCCCGAGUCUCGUGCCACAUCAGAAGAGCCUGUGCCGAAGAAGCGUGGCCGUAAACCUAAGGCUGCUGAAAAGCGUAAAGUUGACGAAGCUUCUCUGGACGGCGAUGCAACCCCUGCGCCUCGCAAGCGUGGACGUGCUGCCAAGAUAACAGAGACACUCAGUUCAGAGGACAGGGCAAGCCUCCAGAAAAUACUUAACAACGUGUAUGAGGCCCUCAAUGACCUGGAAGAACCUCCACCACCAGAUGAUGAUCUGCCGCCGCGUGGUAUUAUCGAUCCUUUCAUCGAGCUACCUGACAAGUACGACUACCCGGACUACUAUCAGAUCAUCACGAAGCCGAUAUGCAUGAACACCAUCAAGAAAAAGAUCAACAAGAAGGAGUACCAGAACCUCAGGCAGUUUAGACAGGACAUUGCUCUCCUGUGCAGCAACUGUCGCACGUACAACGAGGAUACUUCCGUUUUAUACCAGGACGCCAAUCUCAUCGAGGAAACGUGCGUUCAGAAGCUCAAGGAAGAGACCGAGGAGUACCCUCAGUUUGCCGACUUUGGUGAAAAGGAUGGUUCAAUGCGACCUUCGACUGGCCCGGUGUCUAGUGUCGGCACGCCCUUGGCCUCGGGAGGACUGACCGUAGGGUGAUGAUUAGUCUUCAUGACAAGCAAUUGACGGAGUUUUAACGAGCGAAGUGGGGUCUUUUCAAGCCUACGCUGCAAGAGCGGGGGUGGUGGAGAUGUUUUCUGCAAAACCCCUUUAAUCACUUUCCACGUGUUGCUUGCCCCUGGUGCUGCUGCUACUACUGCAGCUGUCAGAGGGAAGCGGGUUGGUGAAAUGGCAUACGGCGCAAUCGAGAGAUAAACAGGAUUGAUCUGCAUCAAGACACAGACAUGCGGCGUGGAUGGGUUGGUUCUUUAUUUUCAACUUUUUUUCUCUCCCUUGCUUCUUUGCUUCGGCGGCUGUCUGCUUGUGUACUGUAGAAUUCCGAGGGCACGUCAGGCAGAAUGCGACAUGCACGAAAAAAACAUGAUGUUUGGUGGGAUGGAUGUGUGCUGGUGUGUGAGUGCCUUGUCUCUUUCUUGCAGCCCUUGGGUCCUAGAGAAAUUGAAGUCGCAUGUCAGUCUCC